UCUCACCGCAAAGCUGACUAUCAGCCCAAUCAACAUUUGCAGGUCUAAAAUGAUAGUUGCAAAUGAGAUCCAGGUUUAAUGGCCAGCUAAACUGCCACGUCAAUAGAGGACCAAGCAUAAUAAUAUACGCACGCUUCAUAAAUGCCUUAUUAAAAGCACUCCCGCCCCCCACUCUGCGGCCCUUGCUACAACUUACCCUUUUUGGUCACUACCAUUAGAACAUCAACACUAUCAUUUAUCAUUGUAUCAUUAUGCCAUCCGACCUCACAUCAUGGAUCCCCGGAAACAAGACGAAGAAAAGAGUCAUCCGCGAGGCUCUUACGAGGACUAUCGGGACGGCUGCAGGAGUAGCAGCCAAGGCUAAUCCAGUUGUAAAGACCAUACAAGCAGGGUACAGCAUUAUGCAAUUAGGAAAUACGAUCAAGAAGGCAAAUGAAACGGCCGGUCAUAUAAAUGAAUUAGUCCCCAAGGCCACAGAAUUGGUCGGGGCUGCACAUCAGUUCGUCCCUUCGAUUCAGGUGAUGGGCCGGUCAGUUUGCGACAGUCUAAAGCUCUUUGGCUUAUUCAGUACUAUCGCAACUACUGUUGGUAUCGGGUCUAAUAUGAUCUUGACCUACCAGGGGGUCCAGGCGCUCAACCUCAUCGCCACGAGGCUGAAGGACAUCUCAGAUACCCUUGCAGCGCAAACUGCCCUCAUGGCUCAAAGAGAGUUUCCCGAAUUGGUUUAUUAUAUGAUCCGUGAGCGAUUGGCCCAGACCUCUCAAGACCCCGAGGUCGAACACUGGUUCUAUGUCUUCCACCCAGACAACGAUUGGUACCCCAAGUUCUUCCAUCUUAUCGAGACCAAUCCGCUUGAUCCCCGGUUUUGCGGCUACACGAACCAGAUCGACACGGUCUUCGUCUUUAUGCUCGCAACACGGAGGUAUAUAGAAAAGAAGAAUGCGCGUUCUCAAAAACACGGGAAACCGCCCCGGCCAGUGCGCCUACAUCUCCUCAUCCCAGCCUACCAGCCCAUACUUAUUGCCGAGGCGCUCCAAAUCCCAGACGACAUCGGGGACUUCGUCAUAGAAGGGCGCAUUCAUAAUACCAGGGAGCUCGUCUGGUUUAACUUACCCGACGACCAAAAGCAUUACACUAUGGAUAUCGGACAAUGGCUACCGCCCGAGCGAGGCUGGUGGUCCUGGGCCAUGACGAAAUUCGGACUGAAGGAAACGCCGCCUGAGCUAAAACAGCGCAGAAUGUUAGGGACGAGACAGCGAGGACCAGAAGAUAAGGAUGAGAAUGUUAAUAAUAUUAAGGAAAAUGGAGAAGAUCAUGAUAUCGAGUCGGACACCGCAUUAUCUAAACGUCAGGGAAACGAUGAGAAAGGCCGGGAACAGGGAAAACCACUACACCACCGCCAACGGCCGCAAGAGAAGCGGCGCCGGUAGGUUGGCGUGAAUAUAAAC